AAAAACCAAAAUGAUAUGCAUAUGAGGAACAUGCAUUUUGCUGAAUUUAUAUGUAAUCUCACACAUCUUAACCCUAACUGGAAUUUACUGACUGACAAUGGCAAAAAAAAUCUUAGAGAAGUUAGAUAUUCUGGAUGAGCAAGCAAAGACACUCUUGGCCAUAAGAGCAAAGAAAAACUGCCUUCAGCGUGAAGUAAAGAAAAAGAUCUCAGUGAUACCCCUGACAUUUGAUUUUCAGUUGGAAUUUGAAAAGGAUAUUGCUACCUCCAUAUCUGAGGCAGAAUCAAAGAUCACAAAAGACAGAUCAUGUGGCAUUAAAAAAACAAAAAGAUAUGUCUCCUUCAAAAAUAUGCCUGAACCUAAAGAGAGUGAUUUUGAAAAGUCAAAUUUAAGACCACAUUUUGUACCAACAAAAAUAAAAAUUCAAGAAAUCAAAGAUACUCUCAAACUGAAAAAAAAACCUAGGGGACCAUUUGAUUUGGUUGGUCACUUAGAAGAUUAAGUUAAUAAAAGAAUAAAAUCUCCUCCAGAGAUGAAUGAUUUUAGUACAAAAGAAAAUAAAUCCAUCAGAAAUGAUCAAUUAAAUGAGCAUUCAGUAAGAAAGAAAAGCUUGCUCCCCUUGUGCUUUGAGGAUGAACUGAAAAAGCCAAAUGCCAAGAUAAUCGACAUUAGUCCAGCAAAGACAGCAACUUCUUACACGGAACAAAAUGAUACAAAUCCCAUAAUUUUCCAUGAGACUGGAUAUGUACAAAUGUUACUUUUGACAAAAAACAGGCUUCCUCCCCAUUCUAUGGAAAAUGGAAAUGGUUACCCAUAUAAAAGAUCAAAUAUUGUUUUAGAAAGAAAUUGUGAAACGCUCAAAUCUGUAGCUAGAGGUCAAUCUAUUACUCCUUCCAAACCCAAAAGAACUCUGCCUACAACACAGAAGAAAGCUAUACAAGCAGUAUCUUUUGAAGUAAGCCGUAGAGCUGUAGAUGAUAAACUAAGGAAGAAAACUAGCAAGCAGACAUUUGAAAACAUAUCUUGGAAUAAACUCUAUAACUUUUCACAGACUUUUUCCAGCCUAACAAAAAAAUUUGUGGGUUUCCUUGAUGAAACUGUUAUUCAAGAAAUGAGUGCUAAAACUGGCAAAUUUGAAAAAAUGUUUUCUACAGUAAAACCAAUGAGCAAAUUGAGUGCCUCACCUGUCAAAUAUUGCUCAAAGCCUUCAAAAAAUAUACUCAAAGUCCAUAAAAUAAAUAAUGUAACACCAUUGGAUGAUUUGUUAAACGUGUCAAGUAAAAAUUAAGCACCUCAUAAAAUAUUUAUACAGCAAAAUGUGGGUAACAAGAAGCAAAUAAAGUUCCAAGAUCACAGAAGAAAUUCUUGUCUAAAUGGUAAUGUUCUAGUGGAUGGUAGAAGAAAACAAAGCAUAGAAAUUGGAAUUACAAACCAACAGUGGUAUACUAUUUUUAGUAAAUAAGAGGACAAAAUUAGGAAAUAAUGAUCAACAAGAGGAACCGGUUCAGGAAUUUCUCUUAUCUCACUUAGAUCCCUCAAUCAUCAGCAUUCCUAGAGUAAAGUAGAUUCAGGACCAAG